AUGUUGUCUGUCACUGCAAACUUGAUGAGGUGCAACACUGGCCUUGAUGAGGAGGUCAAUAAACCUCAAGAUUAUCCACUGUCAGAAGCCAGAUCAUCAAUAAACCAGUGGAACAAUUCCCUUAGGAGCCACACAUCUCAGUGCUUGUGUCGCAGCGGAUGUGAAGACUGCGUUCAGGUUCUGAACCCUUGUCAACAAUGUCAAGGGUUGUCAACCAUCUGCCUUCUUCUCUGCUUGAGGUCUGUGGUGGUGGGAGCGUCCUGUGAGAAACUACAGGAGGUCUGCCAGGCUGUGAACUGUCUGGAGCACGUCUUUUUGGAGCCCGAGGUCCUGUACGUCCUAGCUCCUCCUUUUGUCAGCAGGCCGCAAGCUGAGAGGGAAGUGGUGAGGUCCCAUGGGAGGGGGCAUCGCUCCUUGCUGAGGAAGAAGAGGAAGCGAUCGUCUUCAUCCACUGCAACACCUGUCCAAGCCCGUCACAAUCAUGCAGGUGAAGAUGCAGCAAACGGGAGAAAAGGCAGCGAAGACGUCACAGUUCCCAAAGAUAUCGACCUCACGGCUUUGCCUGUGCCCAUGAUGGUGCCUAAAACUACGUCCGAGACGCUAAAACACAAAAUUAACCCAUCAUUGGACCUGGCAGAGCCGCAAACUGUCCACAUGCUGCUCUACACUCCAGGUCAGUUGACAUGCGAUGACUCAAAGGAUGAGAUGAAUCCCAAGCUGUGGGUGGGCCUCAGUGGGGGCAGAGUGGUUGUAUUCGAUGCCGCGAGCUGCUCCAUGCUGCAGGACUCCAUCCAUCUUGGCGAGUCACAGUUGGAGCUGCAGGCCCAUUCGGACAGCAUCCAGACGCUCUGCUCCGUGGAGGACCGCUACGUCCUGAGCGGAUCUGCGCGGCAUGACGGCAAAAUCGCCAUCUGGAAAAUAGAGUUGGACACAGAAUGGAGAAUAGAGUGGAUGAAUGAGAGACAAAAUAACUUGAGGAUACAAGCAAGACACUGCAGCUUACAUUAUCCCCCCUUGUUUCUGAUGAUAAGUUUAGUUUUACAUUUACUAAUUUGGAUGAGCAGAAACUAGCCCAAAAUGUGUUUGAAUAUACGUUUGAAAAUCAGAUAUUCAGUAGGCCUACACUAAAUUGGUGUGACAAAGUUUAAAAUUUGUCAUUGCUUUUUGGAAUUCUCACUUGCAAUCCUUGUUGGUUUACUUUUUGUGCAUGCUUGUUUUUAUAUGUGCCAAUUAAUAAACUAAA